AUGAGUAGGAAGAGAUCAAAAAUGUCUUCCAGUGGCACUCUCAGUAACUGCUAUGUGGACGCUAUAAUGGGGCAGGAGCCGGAGGAUGUGUACGGUGCUCGCUUUAUUCAGGCUCCACACUCGGUGACCCCGAGGCCGCCAGGUGCUGGGGACAACGCAGACUUCUCCUCUUGCAAUUUUGCACCGAAGUCGGCUGUUUUCUCGUCGUCUUGGUCCCCGGUUCACCCGCAGGGGAUUUAUCAUCCGUAUGUGCACCACCACCAUCACCACCACCACCAGUCCCACCUCCCCGCCUCAGACGGUAGAUAUGUCGGCGUCCGCUCCUGGAUGGACCCCAUCUCCAACCACGUUUCGUUUGCCGGAUUUCACCCCGGCAAUCGGCCGUACGGGACAAAGCCAGACGUCUUACCACCGAAAGCGACAGAUUGCGACACGUCGGAGGUAGAGGCUCGACCGCUCGCCGGUCAGUACGCGUGUGGAGCUUCGGAGUGUCCAGAAAAGACGAGCAAAGAGCACAGUGGAAGUGAGCUUUCGAGCCACAGCGAGCCCAAAGAGGAGAAACAACAACAACUUGACCCAAACAACCCUGCAGCAAACUGGAUCCACGCACGAUCCACGAGAAAGAAGCGAUGCCCGUACACGAAAUAUCAGACUUUAGAGCUGGAAAAGGAGUUCCUCUUCAACAUGUAUCUGACCAGAGACCGACGCUACGAGGUGGCCCGCAUACUCAGUUUAACCGAGAGACAAGUGAAGAUCUGGUUCCAGAACAGGAGGAUGAAAAUGAAGAAGAUGAACAGAGAGAGGAACGGCAAGGAUCUGCUAUGAGCUGUGAUCUAUGAGGAGCACUUGAUGUUUAUACCAAGGAUCUGAAAAAAAUAUAUUUUAUUUUUGGUAGGAGCUUCGGUAGCCGUUUUAUUUUUCAAGACGUUCUGUAUAGCAUAAAUGCUGAGUGUCAGUGUCAAUGGCCAUAUGCGCAACAAUUUGUCUUGGACAGAUUGGUGCGCACACAUUUUGGCAAUCUGUAUUUUUCUCUUUUACAAUUGUACACACACACACACACACACACUCUCUCUCACACACACAAAGACAGCCACAAACUGGGAUGUUCAAGCAGUUUCAUAGAGAUGUUGUGCAUCCCCAUUUUAGAAAAUGUGUGUUUCUUUUGUUAAGAAUUUGGAGUUGUAUAUAAAUUCUUUUCACAGCUAAUCCACUUUGACUGCUGUCUGUGUCGCAUAUGGAGAUAAUGCAUCAGCAGAGUGUGUGGAGUCUUGAAAAAAAAAAGCCUGUGUUUAGCUUUGUCACAGACCAACGCUGUUGUGUUUGGGAAAGAAUCAAAUUAUCCAUCUAAUCCUAAAAGUCAAUAAAUACACGCACAUUUUCCUCUAAGUAACACAUUGAAUAGCUUUGUAUGCAUGUUAGUGGCUUGUUGGUUGGUUGGUUUAUUUAAAUAAUCCCAUUUUUAAUUAUAAGAGUAAUUUAACUCCUGAGCAUUGUCUUGAAGGCACAGAAAAGAGAAAUACAAAGUAAAAUGUCGCCCAGCUGAGUUCAGGAUUAAAUAGGUUUUGCAUAUAACAAACGCAAGU